AUGGCUCAAAUUCAGUCGUACAGCAAUCUCGAUCAAGGGCAAUUUGAUAAACUAGUUUCACAGGAUUUUCCCUUCAUCAUCUCUGACUGCAACUUUGGUAGCUGCCUCCAAAAGUGGAACGCCGAGUACCUGUCCAGUAAGCUAAAUGGUUCAUCAGUAAAGGUGCACGUCUCUGAGGAGCCAGUGCUGAACUUUCUGACAAAAAACUUUCGCUAUGAGACGCAGAACUUUGGAGAGUUUCUGCAGAAGUGCGCCCACCCCGAUGGUGAUCAGCAGUACCUGUACCUGCGAUCGAUUGGUGUCGAUAAGCGAGGGCGAGACGUGGCUGACAUUCAGAAGCACUUUCCGCAGAUUGCCGACGAUCUGGUGAUGCCCCCGUUCGCCAACUUCUGCACGGACAUUGACUGUGAGGAGGAAGGCACCACCAAGUGCACUAAACGGCACCUCUUCUCUAGCGUCUUUCGCAUCUCUUCAAAGGAGCUCGUGGUGUGGACGCACUACGACAUGGUCGACAACAUCCUGCUUCAGGUGAAGGGCGAGAAACGUGUCACGCUGUUUCCCCCUUCCGAUGCGCCCUUUCUGUACAUUCGCGGCGACAAAUCGGAGAUUGCCGAUCUCGAUCAGGAGAACAUCGAGGCGGAGUAUCCGCUCUUUUCACAGGCCACCCGGCUGGACUGCCACCUCGGCGAGGGUGAUGCCAUCUUCAUACCGGCACUGUGGUUCCACACCACCAAGGCCUUGCAGUUCUCCAUUGGCGUCAACUUCUUCUGGAAGGACCGCCAGCUGGCGGCGUUCUACAAUCGGACAGACGUGUACGGCAACAAGGACCUGAUCCCGGCAGCGGACGCCUACAGCAACGUCGACAAGGCGCUGAAGCACCUGUCCAAGCUGCCGCCAAAGUACCGGCAGUUUUACCUUCACAUGAUCAUUGCCAGACUGAAUAAAGAGCUUACAGAAUAA